UCGGACCAAAAUAUGGACUUCUGGCCCGAGAAUCAGGGUCAAUCUUCUCUAUACUCCAAAUUUGGUACUGUUCCUGGGAGAAACUAUACACAUAACUACCAUGAGAGACAUCAGGCAACCAAUUAUCCAUUGUACUAUGGUGAGCAUCAGGAUCAAGGCAGGGAGUCCAGUUACUGGACUUUACCAGGAUCAAGAACGGGAGGGGCUCCACAGGAGUACACUAACUGGACGGACCAAGAGCUGACUGCACCUUCUUCUCACUUCCCUUUUAUUCUAAACCGUCACUCUCAACAGCACCAGGACCUGGGAGAAUAUCAGACACAUGAAGCCAGAGACAGAGAGUGGACAGCAUCUCAACGAGCAGCCAGGGAAUAUGAGAGGGGAUUUCUGAGAGAGGCAUGGCAGAGGAGGUGGGAGCCCUGUAGUCCUGUCCGCUACAACAGGGAAGUUUCUGCUAAGAGGAGUGACAGCAGCUACAGAGAGCUGGAGGCUUGGGCAGCUCGAUAUAGCCAUUCACUUCCAAGGAGGAGACGUAUUGAGGCGGAGUUGAGGGGUGCUUCUCAGGGGUUGGUGGAGAACAGCAGGGCUCCAGAAAGGGACAGCAGGAGUGGGACAGAUCCUCGCGUGGCAGCACUGCAACAAGUCUUACAAUCUGCAAACAUCAGAGAAUCAGGACUGUGGGAUAGAGGGGCCAGACAGCAAGCUCUGGCCUAUUAUCCAUCACAUACUCCUGCCACAGACACAAGCCACAUGUUAGACAUGAAAGAAAAGACCGGCUACCAAAGGGGGAUGUUCAGCCAACCUCCUGGCUACAUUGCUCCUCCACCUUAUAACAGCCCACAUAAAAAUUCACCUGUAUUGCAGCACUAUGACACCAGUUGGGAGCAGGAAGGUAAGAGACAAACCUACUGGUCACAGCCCACACUCAGAAAGCAGGAUAUCUCUGUAGAUCAGCAGGAUCACAGACAAGAAGAGGAAAAGGACUUUACAAAACCAGAUGGAAAUCAAAAAACCUUCCCAGAGCUUGAAGGACUAAAGCACCAAAGACAGGAAACAGAUGCUUUACAGGCAAGCAGUCCUACUAGCAUCCAGGAAACACACAUACAGCAUGCGGGGAUGUUGUCUCUGCAACAGCCACAAGUGUUCGAAGCAGCUCAGAAUAAAAUGAUGAAUGAGGACGCAUCCUCAAAAGUCAUUGAAGGAAGGAAGUUCAGAUUAAGUAAAAAGACAGGCGGGAUGACUAUAUUCUGCUUGGUGUCUCGAAUAGCAGGCUCCACUGAAACCCCAUCUCUACCACUUUGUACCUUGAAAACAAAUAUUCAAAACACAGGAGGGAUUUCUAAAGGAUUAAGGGACAGUAGUGACAUUAAUCAAACACACAAACUUGCAGAUGAGAUAGACUUCACAGCGGCAACACUCACAGACCAGUCAAAUACUUCUGAUGCGAGAAAUCUCAAAGCCAAACAGAAGGAGACACCGACCUGCGUAGGAAGUGAGAUGCUUGAGGAUGAUCGAUCAACCAAAGCAGAGACAGACGAUGUUUCCCCAGAAAGAGCAAAUAAAAAUGUUGCUGAUUCUACAUCUUGGAGACAAGUUGCUCAGUCAGUGCAGCAUGUGUCAGCCAAAUAUCCUUUGUGGAGGGAGCCUAGUUUCACAAGCAGGGCUGAAAGUGAGAGUUUAUCCACAUGUUUGAAAGCAAACAGUGAGGAAGGAGAAUCCAAUGUUCUGCAAAGUCAAGAGGACACUGCUCAAGUUCACCCAAUUGAUCUUGAAGUUAGAAGACUGGACAUCAAGAAAGAAUCUGAGGACAAUAAGGGUCUACUGGUUAUCGACACAACCUGUGUUGUUGUUAAAAUGGAGCUGAUUCAAUCACCCAAAAAAGACCAUGUUCACUAUUUUGGAUCCACACCACACACUGAACACAAUCCCUUUGAUAUUAAAUCAACCAUCUCUCCUGAAUGUGUCCAAUCAAGCAGUCAGCUGGAUCAGGAAGUGACGACUGACCAAAACGCAGAAACAGUCCCCUUGCACAUUAAUGAAAGGCCUGAGACUGAACUAGACUCAGAUCUUAUGGAUAAAAAGGCAUCCGGGGGAGAAGGGGAAAUCUCAUUCACCUUUAUUUCCUCAUCUUCAGUUCCUAAAAGGGAAACGAUAGAGGAGCGCGCUGAAAGAAUCCUAGGAAUCCCUCUACAUGACUCACUCAUCACUGAGCAGCAACCUGAAGAAAGUGCAACGUCACUUCUUAACUCGUGUGUGGACAACCAGGAGGCUGAACCUUCACCAAUAAAAGAUAAGAACAUUGAUGAUGCAGUUGAACAAAUCCCAAAGAACACAACAGAGGAGGAACAGUCACAGAAUCAGUUAGAGGUCGGCCGAAAGGAGGAUGCUGUGUGUUUGCAAGAGAAAGGUGACACCAAAGAAAGAGUGGUAAACGAAGGUGGUGAGGAUUUCGUAGGACCUCCAGAGCAAGUGUCUAAUAUGUCUGAAGAGAAUGACAUUGACUCCCAGCUCAAAACUGAUAACAAAGCCUCUCCUGAAAUUAACAUGGCCGAGGAACCUCUGCUUAUAUUUACUAGUGAAGAGGAUACAAGUGAGCAGAGUCAAGAAAGAAAUCAGCCUGUUGAAAACUAUACCUCUUCUCAGCAUCCCUCUCAGUGUCUCAGUCCACCGACCGAGCUCUCUAAUUCUUCUUCACUUUCACUCUCCAUAGGCUGUGAAACACCUAUCCCUACUCUUUCUCUCAUGCAGUCAUCCUCCGAUCUUACAUCUCUCCCGUAUAUCUCAGAAUCCAACACAGAGGAAGGUCCUGAUCCUGAGUUGACUGCCCUCAAUUCCACAGAAAACCUAGGUCCUUAUCCUGAAACCCCAUCUCUUCCUCACACACCAUCCCAGCAACUUCCAUCUCCUCUAACCCUUGGAUCUACUGACUUAUCCCCAAGCUCCACUCCCCAUACAGACCACUCCCCAAGCCCUUCAGCUCUCAAUUUAAUAGCUCGAACUGCGGAAGCAGGCACUGAGGACCAGGAUGAAAACAGUGAAACACUACAGCCAAUGAACAGUGAGAUCAGUGAUGUCGUUGAGGGCCUUUCCAAAGAUACAACAGAGGAGCUGGUGUUACAGCAACAAUUUGUAAUUGGCCAACCAGACGAUACCGCUUGUGUGAAAGAGAGCAACGUCGCUGGUGAUCAACAGACAAAAGAAGCAGAUAAGGAUCAUACAGACCAGAUUCUGGAGCAGGCACUUCAAAUAUCCCAAGAAAAUGCUGUGGAGGUCAACAUUUUGCAGCUGCAACUUGAAUGUGUCCAAGCAGAGGAUGUUGUCAAGGAUCCUACUGGUCUUUUAGCACAGACAAUGUCGCAAGAAAAUGGGCCUGACAGUCAAACUCAAAUAGGCGUCAACAUUUUGCAGCAACAAUUUGACAAUGGUCAAGAGGAGGAUUCCUGUCUAAAAGAGAGUUAUAUGACUGAAGAAGAAGAAGAGCAACAACAAAAAGAAACCGAUGAGGAUCCUACUGGUCUUUUAGCACAGACAAUGUCGCAAGAAAAUGGGCCUGACAGUCAAACUCAAAUAGAGGUCAACAUUUUGCAGCAACAAUUUGACAAUGGUCAAGAGGAAGAUUCCUGUCUAAAAGAGAGUUGUAUGACUGAAGAACAAUCACAAAAAGAAACCGAUGAGGAUCCUACUGGUCUUUUAGCACAGACAAUGUCACAAGAAAACGAGCCUGACAGUCAAACUCAAAUAGGCGUCAACAUUUUGCAGCAACAAUUUGACAAUGGUCAAGAGGAUGUUUCCUGUCUAAAAGAGAGUUAUAUGACUGAAGAAGAAGAAGAGCAACAACAAAAAGAAACCGAUGAGGAUCCUACUGGUCUUUUAGCACAGACAAUGUCACAAGAAAACGGGCCUAACAGUCAAAUAGGCAUCAACAUUUUGCAGCAACAAUUUGACAAUGGCCAAGAGGAGGAUUCCUGUCUAAAAGAGAGUUAUAUGACUGAAGAACAAUCACAAAAAGAAACCGAUGAGGAUCCUACUGGUCUUUUGGAAGAGACAAUAUCCAAACAAAAGGCUUUAGACUCUAAAACUCAAAUAGAGAUUGAAGUUUUGCAGGACAUUGAACCUUCUCCUCCUACACCUUCAGGCUCAGACUGUGAGGAGUCUCAACCGCCUUUGGAUGUGCCGUCACCUGUUGAGCUUCCUUCUCCUCCAAGUACAACAUACAAGUCAGACAAAGAAUAUGUUUCUCUCUUCUGUCCCUCACCUCUAAAUCCUGAUGCUGCUCCUGCUGCUGGCAUCCCAGAAACUGUCCCUCCUUCUCUUCAUCUGGACUCUUGUGAAGAAUCUCUUCAGUUCUCAUCUUCCUCUUCCUUUGAUUCACCCCCAGCCCUGCUUCCCAGCUGUUCAACUCCUCCUCCACAAGGGGGAAGUGGAAGUGUUUACCCUGACUUACCCUUGAAAGACGAGCCCCAGUAUCCCAAGUCCCUGUGGGAUGCAGUAAAUCGCAUUAGAAAACACACAGCGCCUGACUCUGAGAAUGAGGAGGAGGAACCGAGUGAGAUGUGGGAUCCAGAGAGCGUGGGGGAGUACUUGGGUUUCCCAGAUGUCGUAGUGGACAUGAAUUCUGAGAAGAAUGUUUUUGAUGAAGCAUCGCAACAGGAGAUUUCAACAGAAGGUAGUAUUGAGGAUGUAGAUGUGGGACAAAUCCAGCAGUAUCCAUGUCAUGAAGAGCUAAGCAGACAUGCUGAAGAGGACACACUGUCAUGCAGCAGCACCAGCAGCCACAGCUCUGGGGACACUGUUAUUGUAGCAGACGAGGAGGAGCUCGAGGAAAAGCCACUUGAUGCCGGGACAGAAAGCAAGUCAGAGAAUGAAGAGGACUUUCAGAUGACUGAAGGAGAGCGAUGCUGCUCUGGUGAAGUAAAAGAUGAGACUGCCGCUAAGGAAGAGGAACAUGAUGGAAAUGAGAGCAUCAGAAAUGAGUCUAGUCAGAGCGAGGGAUGCCCGGUUGAGGUGGCGAAUUUAACAACCAAGGCAGUGGAAAUGACAGAAACAGAACUAAAGGAAAAUGAGAUGGAGGGUUUUGUGCGCUCAGAGAUUUCAGAUGAAUGAAAAUAUUGACAAUCAAUCUGUAAACAACUGGAUUAUCAAGUAACACCGAUCAAACACAAUUUAAAAUCUAACAACAAUGUACCAUCUAAAUUUGUAUUGUGCCUUAUAAUGAAGUAACUUCCUCAGUAACAUUUUGUUGCAGAUAUCUUCACAAAGGCUAAUGGAUUUUUUAGUUUCAGUGUAAUCUUGUAGCUUUAAUUUUUGAUGGAUACAUGGUGAUGCAAUUACGGUUACAGAAAUCUAAACUGAGAUCUAAAAUAUCCAAACCAACUGUUUGACAAAUCUAUUCUUGUUUGUUGAUCAUAGUUUUCCCCCACAUCUUAUUUACUAUUAUUUACUAUUACUAUCUGCUAUUUCUACAGAGUAGUGUUUAAGGUAACAUGUAGCUGUGAGAUUAUUAAAGUGGAUUUGAUAAAAGCUUUGAUUAUUUGGAGUGAUUUUAUGGUAUAGUGAUAUUUCUGGGAAAAAUCAAGCCAUUGUUCUGUAUUAUAAGUAAAUAAAAUGAUGGAGUGCAUAAA